GUUUGUGCCAAAGAUACUCCUCUAGUAUCUUUGGUUUGUGCGAAGUUUUGCUGCGAGUUGCUUCAUCCUCACUGGAGGGCGCGCUCCGCCAUUCGGUGUUCCGUUGUGCAGCGGUGGCUCUCCCUCCCCUUUACCCAGCUAGCAGUGUCCAAAGAUUAUAGAGCUCCUCUAUAAUCUUUGGCAGUGUCCGCUUCCCGGCUGUUUUAACCGACGUAUGUCCCUGUUAGUGGGGUUGCUGUGCAGUUCAUCGUCGCCUUAAGGCCGGUGCUGGUGGCGUAUCGUGCGGACUCGCUGCAACUCCAGUCCGGGGCUCAACUUUGGCUGGGCCUCCAUCGACGGUUUAAAAAUAUCCUUGAAGGAAUAUCAUCAAAGGAUUUGGAAGCAAAAUGUCGAUAAUGGGGUUAAAGAAAAAACAACCUAAAACCUUUAAAGUUAAGGUUAUUACCAUGGAUGCAGAAAUGGAAUUCAGUUGUGAGGUGAAGUGGAAAGGAAAAGACCUUUUUGACUUGGUGUGUCGAACAAUUGGAUUACGGGAAACCUGGUUCUUUGGACUGCAAUUCAUUGUAAAAGAUACAUUUGCAUGGUUAAAACCGGAGAAGAGGGUGCUGGAUCAAGAGGUACCGAAGGAGGAUCCAAUUACAUUUCACUUCCUGGCUAAAUUUUAUCCUGAGAAAGUGGAAGAAGAACUUGUCCAAGAAAUCACCCAGCACCUUUUUUUCCUGCAGGUGAAGAAACAGAUUUUGGAUGAGGAGAUUUACUGUUCCCCCGAGGCUUCUGUUCUGCUGGCAUCUUAUGCUGUUCAAGCAAAGUAUGGUGACUAUGAUCCAAAUUUUCAUAAACCCGGUUUCCUGGCUCAGGAUGAACUACUACCAAAAAGAGUUCUUAAACAAUAUCAAAUGACAGCAGAUAUGUGGGAAGAAAAGAUAACAGCCUGGUAUGCUGAGCACAGGGGAAUCGCCAGAGACGAAGCUGAAAUGGAAUAUUUGAAGAUUGCGCAGGACCUAGAAAUGUACGGAGUAAAUUAUUUCCCAAUCACACAAAAUAAAAGGGACACCGACUUGCUACUUGGAGUUGAUGCACUUGGUCUUCAUAUCUACAUCCCUGACAACAAGCUGUCAUCUAAGAAGUCAUUCGCAUGGAGUGGAAUCAGAAAUAUUUCCUACAGUGAAAAAGAGUUUACUAUCAAACCCUUGGACAAAAAGGCAGAGGUUUUCAAAUUUUACUCGUCACAGCUCCGUGUGAAUAAAUUGAUUCUGCAGUUGUGUAUUGAAAAUCAUGACCUGUUCAUGAGAAGAAGGAAAGUAGAUUCAAUUGAAGUUCAGCAGAUGAAAGCGCAAGCUAGAGAAGAAAAGGCUAGAAAAAAGAUGGAACGCCAAAGAUUAGCCAGAGAAAAAAAGUUGAGGGAAGAGGCUGAACGAGCAAAAGAAGAUUUGGAGAGACGACUUUACCAAUUACAAGACGAGUCUAGACUAGCAAAUGAGGCACUGAUCCGAUCAGAGGAGACUGCCGAUUUACUUGCUGAGAAGGCACAAAUUGCAGAGGAGGAGGCCAAGUUACUUGCUCAGAAAGCCGCAGAGGCAGAACAGGAACGACAAAGGUUGGAAGUCACAGCCCUAAAAACUAAAGAGGAGAAGCGUCUCAUGGAACAGAAGAUGCGAGAAGCAGAGUUGAUAGCUGUUAAGCUAGUGGAGGAAUCGGAGAGGAGGUCUAAGGAAGCAGAACAACUAAAGCAAGAUCUAAAUGAAGCUAGAGAGGCAGAGAGAAGAGCCAAGCACAGACUGCUGGAGAUUACAAAACCCAGUUAUCCGGUUAUUGCUUCAUAUCCUGCUCAUCCUCCUGCUGAUGUUGGUGAUCUUAAUUUAGAAUCCGGAUCUUUUAAAUUUGAUUUCAAGGAUACUGAUAUGAAGCGACUAUCCAUGGAGAUAGAACGAGAACGUGUGGAAUAUAUGGAAAAAAGCAAACACCUACAAGAGCAGUUGAAGGAGCUCAAAACUGAAAUUGAGGCUCUGAAACUGGAGGAACGACAAGCUAACAUGGGCAUCCCUACCAAUGCAACUAUGGAAUUCUCUGAUAACGCUUACACACCACUCAGUAAUGACGCAAAGUGCUGGAGUAACUCAGCGGGUCAGACAACAUUUCUGGAGAACAUGGAUAGGUGACAUUUUGGGUCGGGACCCUUCUUCAGACUGACUUGGAUAUGCAAUACUUGGAUAUGUUGUUCAUGAAUACAUUUUAAAGUUAGUUUAAAAAAUCUCUCAACAAUUUACCAAUAUUUAGUUUUCCCCUUUCAUUCAACAGCUUAAUUUACAGAGUGUAACUGCAAAGACACAAGUGGCCUUUUUGGAAGAACUCUAGCAUGCACAAAACUGCCUGGUCCGCAAGUGAAUUUGAUGAUCUACCUGCAUUCCAGAGCCAAGACGUGAAUUGAGCACAAUGUUUUCAAUGUACUUGUGUAUUUUGUUUUAUAAAGGAAAUUUAACACUGCUUGAAAUUGCAAAUAUAACUGAGUACUGGCACAGACUUGUGUAUUCGGGUCACUGAGCAUAUAUAGCCACACUAAAUGGGAAAUGUUACUAAUAAUUCCCAGUUACAACACUAAAUGCUAGUGCCUUUGCUGUUCAUUUUACAAGUAACUGUGAAUUAAUGGAAUUCUUUCGCACUUCAAUCUGAUAUUUAGCUGUCCAUAGAAAAAGUUAUUUAUUCACAAA